CACGCAUAGAACUGCCCAGGCUAGGCUAGUUCGUAGGAAGACUGCCUCGACCGUCCCAAGAUGGGCAGCCUUAUGAUCGUUCUGCACCUUUUGGUGCCAGUUGUGGGUGCAUCAUGUUUGGACGAUGCCAUCCCACCAGCGCAACGGAAGAUCCUCAUGAAUCCCAAUGGCGAGCGCUAUCCGGUGGGCUUUUUCCAGUGCAACUGGGCGGCCUCGGCUGCGGCCAACGUUCUUGCAGCAACACUGGUGGAGGAGGCGACAAUCCGGGCAGUGGAACGGUUGCGGGAUAUUAUGGAGUCACUGGAUGCCGCACCCCCAACAAUAUCUCGGAUCGUGGAUGCAUGCAAGGUGUGAGCUACUACCAUGUCCACUUGGAGUCUUGGAUGGGAGCAUAUGUGGCUGAUUGGGAAUACAUUCAGACGACCUAUUCGUCUAUGGCGCCACAGGAUUUGGGCAGCAUGGGCUAUCCCGGAUUCACCACCAUGUACCUUCCAAGGUCAAUUCAGACCCAUGCAUACUCAACAAAGGGCAAAGCGCUGCAGUUCUUCCGCAGUUGGAAUGCUUCAUGGAAUCAGCCUUGGGACUUUUUCGACCCGAUCUCCGCCGUGGACACCUCCAAAUUGGUGCCUUGUAACAGCCCUGAUUCGAAGAUGACCAGUGACCCAUUGCUGCGUCGUUACGUGAAGUGGACUGGGGACAUCGAUGGUGUUGUCAUCAGCAAUGCUGUCUACUCGGCGAGAUGUGAUGAUGGCUAUUGGUGGUUGCCCCCCAGUUGUAGGGCCAAUGCCACUAAGUGUGUCCCAUGGAUCACGGGUGGCACAGGCUGGGACACGGAACAGUUCAUGCAGAAGUUCGCCAUUCUCAACAUGCCCAUUGGCAUUGCAAUCGCUGCCUCAUGGACAGAUUACUCGCAGUUGCCACUGUCCGUGGACAUGCCGUUUUAUUGGUGGUCCCCAGAUCCGACCUUCCUGGAGCUCAACCCGCUGGUGGUGAAAUUCGGGGAUCACAACAGUCGAGAGUUCAGCGAUGGGCUGAUGAGCAGUGCUGCAGCACAAGCCACAAUUUCUACAGUGGUAAGUCAAGACCUGAUCCUCUUGGCUCCCAUAGUUCGGACUUUCGCUGAUGACUUCGACCUGCCCUUGAGCGAGAUGGAUGCCAUGCUGUUGGAUCAGAAGACCACACAGGACACAUGGGAGGAGGUCACGUGUAGGUGGAUCAAGGCGAAUGAGGCCACCUGGAGGAAAUGGAUCCCUGACGAGAGUGAGUGCUUUCCCGGCUUCGGACUCUAUGACUCAGUGCUCCAAACGUUCACCGAUGUGCGGGUGAAUGCUACCAACAAGAUUGUGUGCCAGGCGUGUCCCCCAGGGACCUACUCGCAGAAGUUGGAAGACAACUACAAGAGCGGAUCCACCCAUGUUUGCGUGCCCUGUGGCCAAGGGACCAGCCAACCCUCUGGUGCCUCCCUCAGCUGCAAACCAUGCCAAGAAGGCGAGUAUCAGGAUGAGGUGAAAAGCACCGAGUGCAAGCGCUGCAACUUUGGCUCUUAUCAGAAUGAGACCGGUCAAGUGGCAUGCAAGGCUUGCCCAGAUACUACCGAGACCCUGGGCUUUGGUUCAGUUGCAGAGACGGAUUGUGGCUGUCCGGCAGGGCACAUUGACAUGGAUGAGACAGUGCGGUUUGACUGUGUGGAGUGCGGUGAAGGACUGACAUGCCCAGCUCUGUCUCAACUCAAAGACUUGCAGAGUGGUGAGAGCGUCCUGGGGGAGAAGUUCACUCCAAAGAUCCAGAAGGGCUACUACUCCACCCAGACCAACCCCACAGCGGUCUUCCGAUGCAACAGUGCUUUGUUUUGCCCUGGCGGUACUCCUGGUUCAUGCAGUGGCGGCCUUGUGGAUACCCCUUGCUCUCAAUGCCGUGAAGGUGAGACAUGGACGGGAAGUCUUUGCGAGCAGUGUGGUGCAUGGCGUCGCGUCCUAUGGGUCGUCAUGCUUGUUUGCAUCUUUGCCUUCUUGACCCUGGCCUACUACCUUGCCACAUCCAAGGUCACGGCCAAAGCCACCGUGCUCUUUGCCACCACUGCGUCCUUUGGCAUGCUGGUGAUGUCAAUGCAGAACCUGGGGCUCAUAGGCAUGAUGACGGUCCAGUGGCCUGCGAACCUUCAAGGCUUCUUCGGUAUUUGUCAGCUCCUGUUGCUUGACAUCGACAGCUAUGGCUUCAGCUGCCUGGCCGGGAAUUCCGAACCCAUUCGCUACCUCUUGAGUGCUCUGAUUUUCCCGACAGGUGUGCUUUGGCUGGGUCUGGCCUGUGCUGUGUCCCGUCUCUUGCCAAAAAAGCACCGUUGGGAAUGGCCAAAAGUCUGCUCUACCAUGGGGGCCUUUUUGCAGGUCGGCUUCAGCACCAUGAGCGCUACAUCCCUGGCCCCAAUGAUGUGCUAUCAACAUCCCAACGGCCAGAAAAGCCUUCUGAAGUACCCUGGUGUCUUUUGUGGCUCCGCUGAUCAUGGCGCCAUGUUGGUCAUUGGCUGGACUUUGCUGAGCGUGUUUGUGCUGGGUUUCGUGGCGCUAUGCAUCUUUGCAGUCAUGCGUGUCCCCGCGUGGAGCACCACAAAGAAAAAUCAUUUGGUGGCUUCGGUGCGUUUCUUGAUCUUCAGGUUUCGUCUCGAUGCAUGGUGGUUUGGGGUGCCAUUAUUGAUUCGAGGGCCGUUGAUCAACCUUCCUGUGGUCUUGGCCACUGACUACCCGCCAAUCCAGGUUGUUUGCAUUGCCGUCAUUUUGACGGUGAUGAUGCUCAUGCAGAUGUUGUCUUGGCCAUGGAAAGUGCCCCUGCUGAACUUGACCGACUGCAUCAUUUCCUUCUGCAUUGUAUUGCUAGUGACCACUGCCACUUUGUUCCUCCAAACUGUUGGUGGCACCAUGUAUGCAUUUGCCCAUGCCAUUUCGACCGCCAUGCUGGGUGGCAUCGGCCUUGCUGUUGGCAUCAUGGUUUUCAUGACGGCGAGCGCACUCGUCUACCGCAGUGCUUUGGGCGGGAAGAAGGAGCUGCAGAUGUUCAACUUGGGUCGUACACCAACCACUCCAGAACUGGCAAUCAAGAUCAAGGAAAUGGCUGCAGCCUUGGAGGACAUGAAUGUGGAUUCCCUCUCCGCCAAUCUUGCGGCCAUGUCGGUCUUCGACGUGGGCAAGGUCACUACCUGCAUCACGCUAUUGGCAACAGAGGUGUCUCCACCUGCUGCAGACAGCUCUACCUUCAAGUUCAACAAGCGAAUUGCAUCUCAUUCCUUCGACCCAAAUCUUCGGGUCAGACCACAAUCAUUUCGCGGUUCCACAUCCCGGGCAUCCUUUCAUGACAAACCAGCUGAGAACAACGAGACUAACGACACCUUGGAGCUUGUGGAGCCCGAGCCUGCAGAACCGGUGAAGCUGGUGAAGCCGGGGAAGAGUGAAGGUAUGAGGACACAAUGGAUCUAAUGAUGAUGAAAGUGGUGAGGACAGAAAUGGCUGCCCUAGCAGCACGUAGACGUGGCUGAAACCUUUGGGUUCGACCAGGCUUUGCUGCUUGGAGGCGCCAUUCUCCUUGUGUUUAUGCGAGCACGUUGCCCAAGGCAACUUGUGCGCCCUUGCUUCUUCGCUUGCCAAUCGAUGAGUUUUUGCCCUGUUGUUGCAAAGGGAUUUCAGCAGUGCAGAAUAUUUGGUUCGUCCUGGCAAGCAGAGCACUGACACCUUUUCCCUCGCGGCCAAGUGUAUAAUACACAUUAAAGUCCGAAACGAAUGCACCGUGUAGGGAGGCGCGAAAGAGAACAAAAACAGCUGCUCUUCCCAACAAAAGGAGAGGCAAAC